AUGUACAAGCUCUUCGCCGCUCUCGCCGCCAUUGCGCCACUUGCCUCUGCCGCUCCAGCUCUCAACUGGGUCAAACGAUCAGAAUCCUUGUCAUGUGUCCAGUACCAAUACACCCCUCCAUUUGACUCGCCUGGCCUAAACGGCUUCAUUCACCUCUACUCCAAUGUCACUCAGAGUGACGGCUCGUUCUCCGAAACCCGCCUCGGAAUCAAUGCCAAUGGUGAACUUCAACCUUGUGGAGAGUGUCAAAGCACUCAGCAGUUCGGUUUCGAAGUUUGUCAAGGAUCAGAGUCUAGAAAAGGAUACAACGGACUCGGCAACUCGGCUGGCUCUUUCUAUGGUCAUAUCCUCUUCACAAACAAUCAAGCGACUAUUCAGUGUCUCAAGGCGGAGAGGAACCCUGUGAAUCGUUCCACUAUCAUCGUCGCAGACUGCGAGUAUGACUACGACAAUGUCAUGAAUUCCGACCAAUACUGGGAGGUAGCCAGCGGUCGCGUCACUCGACUGCGAGCCUCAGACGGCAGCUACUACGGUGGUUCGUACGGUAUCAAUCCCGAUGUGCAACAGGACCAGCCCAUCCAGAUUUUCGAUGGACCUGCGACCGGACCUUUCACUUACCUCGGAUGGAAGGCGCCCACCUUUUAG